AUCUUUUAAUUUAAGUAAAAUAAACUCUGAAAAAAAAAAGCAUGUCAAAUUUAAAAGUUCCUUAACGUCCUCUAGGUUCAUAAGGGUUAGUAGUAUCAGCUUAAGGUUUAGGUUGUAUGGGAAUGACAGCUUUUUAUGGUUCUUUUAAUAGAUCUUAAACUGAAGGUGAAUCUUUGAAAACAAUAGCUACGGCAUUAGAACAUGGAAUUAACUUUUUAGAUACUGCUUGGAUAUAUUAAUCUUUUGGCUAAGGUGGUGGAGAAAACUAUACUAAUGAAGAAUUAAUAGGAAAAGCCAUUAAAAUCCAUGGUAGAGACAAAUUUAUUAUUGCAACUAAAUUUGGUAUUUUAAAAGAUUAAAACGGAGUAACAAAAUUUUCUGGUAAAGAAGAAACUAUAAGAUCUUAAUUAGCUGAUUCUUUAUAAAGAUUAGGAACAAACUAUAUCGAUUUAUAUUAUUAUCAUAGAAUUGAUACUUAAACUCCUAUAGAAGAAACUAUGGAAGUACUUAAAAAGUUAAUACUUGAAGGAAAAAUAAAAUACAUUGGAUUAUCUGAAUGUACACCUGAUGAACUUAGAAGAGCUCAUAAAAUACAUCCUAUUACUGCUAUUUAGAUGGAAUGGUCCUUACAUAUUAGGGAUAUUGAAAAAGAUGUAGUACCAACUGCAAGAGAAUUAGGUGUUGGCAUUGUUGCUUAUUCGCCUUUAGGAAGAGGAUUGCUAUCCAAAACAUUUGAUUCAGCUUAGGAUAUUUAAUAAGGAGAUUCAAGGAACAUUCAUCCAAGAUUCAAUGCUGAGAAUUUGGAAAAAAAUAUUCCUAAAAAAUUUUUUGAAAAAGCUGUAGAAUUAGGAUUUACUCCUGCUUAAUUAGCUCUUGCUUGGGUUCAUUCUAGAGGUAAUGAUGUUUUUCCUAUUCCUGGUACUAAAACCUCUUCUAGAUAAGUUGAAAAUACUUAGGCUGUUAAUAUUUAACUUAGUUAACAAUAAUGGGAGGAAAUCGAAAAAUUAGUAGACCCUGCUUUUGGUGAUAGAUAUCCAGAUAUGAAUUAUGCUUAUAAUAAACGUUUGUAAUCAUGAUAUUAUUUAUUUUAUUUCAAAUCACAUUUUAAAAAUAUAUAAAUAUUUAAGUAAUAUUUCAAUAUUUAAAUUUUUUAAUUUUUUAAAUUUAUAUAAUUAAUUAAUUUUAUUUUAAAUAAUAUUGUA